AUGCGAACGAAGGUUGCUGCUGUUGCGGCUGAGGGUUUCCUCUCGACUCCUUCCCUUGCUGGAACCUGGCCUGGUUCGCAUCUGAGUCAGCCUUCACAGCCGCCUCCAGCUUCUGCCUCAUCUUUGGAUGCUUGGUCAUCAGAGAGCGGAAUUCCUACCAAGGCCAAUGAUAUACUGGAUUAUGAUAAAGCAAGAGUAAAUACUCUGAUUUCUACUGACCUGCACCAAAGGAGAACUGAGGUCCUGUGCCAGUGCAAGAAGAAUGCUCACACUGGUGUUCAAGUGCUGACUGGACCCCAUACCUCCAACAUGGUGAUGGAGGCAUCCAAGCACAACUAUGAGGACCUUGUCAAGAAAUCUCAACCAUUCAAAGAUGAAGAGAGACUUCUUUGCAUCAGGGAUCAGCUUCAGAGCCUCUUCAUUCAAUGUCAAGCUAUGGCUCAACUCCAUUUUGCCUUGUUGAAGAAAGAUUUGGUCCUGAACUCUGACCUGGGUACAACACUACACAUUUUACAGUUCAACCUUCUGCAUGCAGAGAAGGUGGAGUAUGGCUCAAGUGAUAUAGAGUUGCUUUCUUUCAACCCAAAGAAUUCACCUAGUGCCAAAGUUUUUUGCAGUCUUUUCUUUGAUGAAGGCCGCGCAGACUUGAUGGAAUGCAUUUAUCAUGUUCUUCGUCCUCAAGGUCAGGCUAUCAUUAUGGCACCCCAGAGAAGAGGUACAUUGCAGAAGUUUGUGACUCUGGCUCAAAAGAAGUUUGAAAGAGUUGCAGUAUCUCAAAAGUACAAUGAAGAUGUCUGGGAAUGCUUCCUCAAAAGGGAGAAGGAGAUCGGAAAAGUCUGGCAACUCAAAUCUUGUCCUCCCUUCGCCUGGCAAGUCGGAUCUUUAUCACCUUUCAGUCUACAGCCGCAGAUGCUGUUAUUGGGAGGUGGUGGCGCCCCAGAUCAGGAAUGGGUCGAUUGCGAUUGAGUCGUAAUCGAAUUGUCAAUCAUGCUGAUUACACUUUCUCAAAAAUCUUCAAUCGUAAUCAUUAUCAGAAUAUUUACAAGCAAUUUUAUUCGUAAUCAAAAUCGUAAUCUGAAACUUUUCGUGCCAAGUAAUCGAGAUCACCAACUGCUCUCGACUCGUGUUCUAUUACAAAAUAGCGAGAGUGAGCGAUUGAAAUUUUGAUUGUAAAUGUAUUUUUUUUUAUUGUUAUUCAAUUUUCAUGCCUUCAUCUUUGAAGAUUUCAUGUGUGAAGACUUGUCCGACAUCAGUCAAAUCUCAUAGUGGAAACUUAUUCUCUUUUUAGUUGAUCUAGGCUCGAGCUUAAGGACACUAGGCUGCUGUAUGUGACAAAAAAAAAGAAGAAAUAUAUAUGGGAAAAUUCAAAUUUUUUCUGUACGAGACAUUCCCCGUUUUCUCCCGUCACUCCUUCCUUUGGCAACCCAUUCGUCAUUGUAUGACUGGACCUGCGAAGGUACCAAUAUCUUCUUGUUAGACAUGUUGCGAAAUGGGUUACAAUGGGGGGAAGGGGAAGGGGGCUAGCACGCGUCAGCCUAGGGGCUGCUUCGUUGCUUUGUGACCAAUGGUUUUGCCCUUUCAUUUUGUCACGUUCGUGACAUGGUGUAAAAAAAUGUUUCUACGGUAAUCGUAAUCAAAAUCUUAGGUUGAGAGCUGGCGUGUAGUCAUGAUCGCAAUCGUAAUCGGAGGUCCAUUCAUUAGGGGAGGGUGGGGCGCCAAGCACCGCUGGGCACGGUGGACCACCUCAUCCAGCACCUCGAGAAUCCAAGAUGCUGUCACGAAACUCACAAUGGAUGACUCCGCAAGCCGGUGCAAGUUCACUCAAGCGCUCAUGUGUCGUUUCGUGAUUUCUCUAUGGUGUAAUUUGAAAUAUUUGAGGGAAAAAAAAAAUAUAUAUAUUCGAAGAAAAAAUGUUAUCAUUAGGGUCGGGGAGGAAUAAGGAAGGCUGUUCCGCUAUGAAUAGACUAUCUUGCACCCCUGUUAUUGAGCUAAUUUUUGAGAUGGCGCACUCUAAUUAUGGCCCGUUUUCUUCUCACGCGGGGAAUUGGAGAAAAAAAAAACAACAAAACAAAACAGAGUUGACAUUAUGAUGAAUGGUUCAAAUGACGGA